GCGGCGCAGCAGUUGCGCCCGGAGCGAGGGCUGGGCGCGUGUGCCCGCGGAGGACCAGCCCGGUUUCCAGCUUGGCGAGCGAAGACACGAAGCGAAGCAAGACGACAGGAGGAGUUUUGCGAAUCCGGUUCCGAUUCGGUGUCGAGUCCCGUUCCUCUCGGGGCCAGAUCCUGAACCCGUUGCACGUGCGACAGUCUGGACAGGGUGGGGGCGGGGAAGCCACCCCAGGAGUCCCCCCCCCCCCGCCGCCGCCUUCCCACCCACUUUGCCGGUUCGGUUCGCACGUGCUCCUCUGGAGUCUCGGUUCUGGUGCCGGUUUGGGACAAAGCGGAACACGUCUAGAUCCGCAUCGCUUUCCGGCUCCCUUCCCAGAAGAGGGAAGAGAAGCAGCGGGUGGGGGUGGGGGAAGGAAGAGAAGCUCCAUCUGGUGGCGGUGCCGGUUCGGUUCUUGGGAUCCGGCCGGGGGCCCACGUGGUGCCGCUCCGCACGAGCGGAAAGCCCGCGAAGGGAGAAGCCGGACUCGCUCCACGUCGCCGGCGCCGCUGCUCCACGUCCUCUCGCCCUCCGGUUCCGACCCGGUUCGGAUGGCGGCGCCUUGCAGCCCCGAGAGCGGCCCGCCGGCGGCUGCGGGGACGGGGCCCCGCGUGUAUUUCCAGAGCCCCCCGGCAGGAGAAGCCGCCGCGGAGGAGGAGGACGGCCCGGUGCGGCGCCAGGGGAGGGUGACCGUGAAAUACGAUCGCAAAGAACUCCGGAAGAGGCUCCACUUGGAAGAAUGGAUCCUGGAGCAGCUGACGGUCCUGUACGAUUGCCAGGAAGAAGAGAUCCCCGAGUUAGAAAUCGACGUGGACGAGCUCCUGGACAUGGAGAGCGACGAGUCCCGCAGCACCAGGGUGAAGGAGCUCUUGGUUGACUGCUACAAGCCCACGGAGGUUUUUGUGGCGGACUUGCUAGACAAGAUCCGUGGAAUGCAGAAACUCAGCACUCCCCAGAAGAAGUGAAUCGCUGACAGAUCUGCUUCCAUCACUGCCUUCCAUCCUCUGUGGGGAGCUUGUCGUUGAAACUCUGGCUAGGCGGGGUUUGCGGGAAGGGGUGCUUUCACGUGUCUGGGGAGAAUCAGGUACCUCCUCCCCCUUCUACAAGAGAGGGAAGAGUUCCUUGUUUGGGAUGCUUUGAUAAUCAAACCUAUCUGGACAUCUUUUUAGCAA